UUUAGAUCAAACCGGAACAGGGAGGCAUUCACAGGAUCCAACCACACGCAGCACCAGCUUCACAAGCCGCGCAAGAGCCAAUGCCGCACUCGGACCAUUCACCCUCCCCCAAUCCCUCAGAAGCCUUUACCGAUCUGCCUCCCUUUCCCGACAACGUCCCCACCGCACCAUUCCCCCGCAUCUCCCUCGCCAAGCUGCUCACCCACGACACAGACGAAGAGGAGCGCUGCUGGAGAGCAUGUCAAGAGCUGGGCUUCUUCUACCUGGACCUCCAGUCCUCCCAUGGUUCAGCCCUGCUUGAAGAUGCAGACCGCCUCUUCGAGCUUAUGAAAGGCUUUUAUGAACUGCCCGUGGAAGAGAAAACUAAGUAUGACUUCAAGAGCAAGGGGAGCUACUUUGGGUAUAAAGGAUAUGGAGAGGGGAUUAUUGAUAAGAAUGGAACACGAGACCGAAACGAAUUCUACAAUGUCUCGAAAGACGAUGUCCUCGGGCUGUCAGAAAGGUUGCCGAGUCCAGAGGUCCUCAACAGCGAUUCCGUUCGCUCGCUAUUCAAAAGCUACAUCGACCAAAGCCACGCUAUCUGCUCCUCCAUCAUCGCCCUAGUUGAUCAGCGUCUCCCGCUUACCGCCAAAGCUAGGCAGGAUGGUGGUCUGGAGGCUCUCCAUCGUCUGAGCGCGACGAGCGGUGAUCAGAUCCGUUUUGUCAAAGCGCCGCCGCAGCGACCCAGCACCAAGGGCGUUGCGCUGGGCGAGCAUACGGAUUUCGGUUCCGUUACUGUGCUCUUCAAUCGCUUGGGUGGGCUGCAGGUCAGGCUUCCGGAGGGUCUGGAGCCUGCUAGAUCGAAUGGUGAUGGAGAGGCAACUGAGGCGGAGGAGAGGUUGUGUGAGGAUGGGUGGUGCUAUGUUAAGCCGUUGCCAGGACAUUGUAUGGUGAAUUUGGGAGAUGCGCUAGUGAAGUUUUCCAACGGGCAGCUCAGGAGCAAUAUUCAUCGCGUUGUUGCGCCGCCUGGACGGCAGGGGGAGGUUACGAGGUAUAGUUUGGUGUACUUUUGUCGGCCGGAGGAUGACGUACUACUGGGAAGCUUGGUUGAGGGUGGUGAGGAAGAAGGGGAUGAGAAGGUCACGUCGAAGGAGUGGAUUUUGAGGAGGGCGUUGGGGAGGAGGGAUGCCAGUGGCUGGGAGAAAAGUGAGGGCACGGAGGACGGGAGCAUGAGGAGGGGCGGUAUGAGGGCUUAG